AUGGUUGCAUCUCCACUUCUCCUCAGCCUGGCUGCUGCCGGCCUAGUCUCAGCCCAGAACACCGUCACCUCCAUGUUGAUCUACGGCGCAGACCCACAGCCUCUUGUCGCUUCCAUCGUCGGCAGUGACGCCACCGCAACAACAUACAGCAUCAAUUGCCCCCCAGGCACAGAUAGCUCCAACUGCGGCAUGGGCCCCGGCCUGACCGUUGUCGCCGGCCCCACGACCACGGUGCUGAAGAUCGAUGAGCCGGAGGAGAAUUUCCAUUGGACCGUGAGCUGCUCUGUUGGCGGGACCACCACCGCCGUGUGUACCGAGACGGCCAGCGGCACGGGGGCGAAUUUCCCCGGUGUCAGUUCCUCGACCUUUUCCAACGAUUUGCCUCUCAUGGCGGUGACUAUUACGGCUGGGUCGGCUGCGGGUGCGGGUGCGACGCCUACCACGGCUAGUGCUACCGCUACUACGGCUGCGACUGCCUCGGCCUCUGGAAAGUCUACUGCGUCGAAGGAUGCGAGCAAGCCUUCGUCGGCGGCUUCGUCGGGUGCUUCGGGCUCGAGCUCGUCGGCUGUGAGUACCGGCGGAAUGCCGCGUGUCACUGGCGCUGCUGGUGGGCUUUUUGGAGCUGCUGCGGUGGCUUUGGGUGUUUUUGCUCUGUAA